CUCUCUCCCCGCUUUUCCACUUUAACGGACAACCUCGCUGCAGACGCCGCCGCAGCCGCAGCUCCAAUGGCAAACUCGGCCCUCAGCAACCUGUCCCACGAGUUGGCUAGGAUAGUUGCAUGUCCCUACCCUGCCUCGUUAACUACACUCGCUGCUCUACUGGAUGGUGCCGAUGAGCGCACCGUGAGGUCCUCGAUUCAUCACCUUUCGCCAUGUGCCAUCGUGCGACUAGCCUCAAUCGUUUCCGCUGCAUUGCCACUCUGGCCCUAUUCUCUGCGCAUCCUGCAUGCCCUCUGCCACUCGCCUGAGUUCAGGGAUACCAUCCUGCAAGAAAACCCGGGCAUCCUCGACGCUGUCCUGAGCAAAGCAGAUUCUUCGCAGCAGCAAUUCGACGAAUAUAGCGAGUUAUGUGUCCGUCUCCUCUCCCGAGCCCUCCCAGAGGGUAUGCCGCUUCCUGCAGCCGCAGAGAAGUUCUUUUUACGCCUUUUCAGCAAGGCGGUUGAGGCUCCCGAGGUAGCGACCCUAAAGCCAAUCUACCUUGUCCUGAACGGUGCUUGUCGAGGGCUACUCAGUUUGCUCUCUGCUAGGGCGCGGCAAUCCAUCGAUGAAGAACUCUGUCGCAUCCUACAGUUCAAUUCAACUACCGACAGGUCGAUGCUCCUUCUGUGGUGUUUCGGUAUCGUCAUCUUGAUCGAGCAUCCACAGGACGUUGGCAGGCCCCUUAGUAGCUCGAACACUAGCGACCUUCCCUCCAACAGACAGUGGAAGACUGCUUCGGGGCGUAAACUCUUCGGGUCAGCGAGUGGCCUGAUCAAGACCAUCAACUUAACCUCCCUCAGUGUGAUCUGGGCUUCCAAAGGGGAUGUUGGACUAACUGACUUGGAGGCCAUUGAGGGCAUUCGGAUUGCCACACGAGCCGCGCAGUUCAUUGAUCAAAGCGUGCGUGAAGGGUGGCGCACUUCAAGUGACGUCGCAAAGAACUUUGCUUCAAAGCUUGUCGCCAAGAUUUUGCGACCCGGAAUCGAUGGCAGAGUGCAGCUGGAAGCUCUGACAUUCUAUGCAAAUAUCGUCGGCUCAAAGGGUUUAUCAGCGGAUGUUGUUACACGUUAUGAAUCGUUGCUCAUGGAUCUCAUGGCUUUCGCGACCAAUAUCGAUUCCCUUAAAGAGAGUCUGUCACUCUCCUUGCCCUACUUUGCAACUAGGCUUCAGCAGUCGACCGUUUGUCGACUCCUACGUCUGAUCCUGGAGACCAGCAUGUGCUCAGGGCAGCCGUACGAGCUGGCGAACAUAAGUGCACUGGUUGAAGUAUUGAGGACAGGGAUACCAACUUGUGAACCAUUGGCAACCUUGAUAACAGCGGCAUUAAGCUCGGAUGAGCUAAAAAACAGUACCCGAACAUUCCUUGAGUUUUCCGCAGAGACUCGACGUGGAGACGGGGAAGAAUGUGUUACAGGCAGAAAUCUUCUGGGUCGAGAACUCCGUUCAGGCAUUGUAUCCAUGCUCCUUACUGCUGGUCUCGUUUGUCCAUCCGGACGACCGACUAUAUCGCCAACGCUUGCCCUAGCCUUGAUUGAGAAGCAGCGGGAAAUUUCCAGCAACUCCGUCCAGUGUAACCACUCCGUGGCCAAGGGACGCCUACAGCCUGCUAUUUCCUUGUUUGAACAAGGAUGUACGCCUGCCACGGGUGCGCAACGACUGGAUUGGAGGGAACAUCUCAAGACAGAACUUGAGAGGCAGAGCUUCUACCAGCGCGACUCGGUAAUUCGGUCUGUUGCCCAGAUAUGCCAAAACCUGGAGAGCCGUUGUAACGAUGUUGAGGAGCCUCUUCGCCGAGAGCAGGCAAAAGUCAAAGAGCUUACUUCGCAGAUUUCUGGGCUCCGCGAGCAAGUGCAAAGCCUUCAGAAAGAGUCAGAGGAGCAGGAUUUCCUAGUUCAGAAUCUGCAAAAGGAAAAAACGGAUGGAAGGUUGUACGCCGAUGCCUUAGAAGCAGAGAUUGAAAAUAUGGAAAAAGAUAAGCAGGAUCUCACGUCUCGGCUGGAAGCACUGAAUGCCAGACUUGAAGAGGAGGUUAGUCGAGCAGAAGGAACACUACGAACCGCUCGGGAGGAAUUCUCCGUCAGGGAGGAACAGCUCCGGUCCAUGAUCCAUACCUAUGAAGAAGACCUCCAGUCGCGAAAUUCGGAGAUCGAGAGGAUGAGUGCACGGUUGCAGAGCUUGGAAGAUAGAGUGCAAAGCGAGUGUGCCAGUAAAGAUGAGCUAUGCAGUCUUUAUGACUGCCAAAAGGCAGAGAUGAAAUCUCUCGAAGAGCAGCUGCACAUUGAACGUCGGAAGGCUGCCCAACAAGAGAAAGAGCUUGUGCAGCUCCGAUCGACUUCCAGCGACCUUGAAAGACAGCUGGCCGUGGAGAAGCAAGAGUUGGAGAAUCAGCGUCGUGACUUCGAGGAACAGCAUCAGCACCACGUGCGCACUUCGGAGAAGGCACUGGCUAACCUUGAAGCGAAGUACGCAGAAGUUAUUGAUGCUGCUAGGUCGAAGGCUGGAGAAGAGAAGAAUAAACUGCUGGAAGAUUUGCAGAUCGCUCGAAGGGAAGGGCAAGCUGCAAAGUCCGCUUAUGAGAACACGAUGGAAGAAUUGAAGCGCGCGCAGACAACGCUGGACUCGUUGGACACUAAGGUCCAGGAGCUUAUUGAAGCCUGCGCUGAGAAGGAUGAAGAACUAUAUGGGUUGAGAUCCUGGAGACGAGGCAUUCUAGAGUCCAUGCCUCGUUCAGCCGAAACUCCAAUGCCGACUCGGACCAGCCGCCCAUCCCAUACCAACAAGGACGACCACAACCAGCCUUCUUUCAAAACCGGCCAUCGUCUCCGGCCUCGCAAGUCAGACCGUCCACCGCAAAAAACGGCUGUCACACCCGGCGUAGCAGGUCAAGAAAUCACUAACGAGGCCAUGGAGAAUGUCGCCAACGCCUCCUUCAACUCGAGCGAUUCGGCUAGUGGGGAUGCAUCCACCCCCAAGAGACCGAGACCACGCCCUUCGUUCAAAGUACCCACUAUGCGCACACCAGCGGCUCAGAGACCUGAACUCGCCUACAAGACCACCCGCAAGCAGGUAUCGCCUGCGAAACGCACAGCUUUGGGUCCCAUAUCGCCGAAUCGCCGUCAUACGACGGUGGGUUUUGCAGUUGAGGAGAACGAGGAACAUGAGCAAGAGAUAUAUGAGACGGUGAAGAGGAGGGUGAGCUUGCAGGUUGGUACGCAAACGUCUUUUGAUAUGGAUGGGUUCCUUGCGGCGAGUACGCCGUUUACGCCAGGGAAGGUCACCUGUGGGACUGGAAAGGCGCCUGAUGAUGCGUUCGACUACACCAAUACUGAAUUAUGAGGGUCGAGUUUUGGGUCGAUACAGGGUCGUGAAAAUAAAAGCCUUGUCAGCUGCAGCGAGACUGCGGAAAUACCCCGUUCCGGUCUAUGCUCCCCACGCCCAUGUUUGCCAAGAGAAGGAAGCGAAAUACAAACGGUUCCUACGCGCGAAUGCCCUCCUUAGGUUGGCUAACGCUUCAACAACAACAAUCCUCAGCGCGACGCCGACAACAUGCACUUCAAUGAUUUAAACAACGAUGUACUCCAAAUGGUAUUCGACCUCCUUCCCCAGCGAGACAUCAAAACACUCCGCCUCGUUAACAAAGCCCUCAAAUUGAAGUUAAAUCUUUCCAUCAAACGCCUCUUCCUGUCGCCAAAUCGUGCCAAUAUCGAUGUGUUCAAGGCUGUUCUCGGGCAUACCAACUUUAGGGAGCAGGUCCAAGAGAUAGUCUGGGAUGACGCGCGUCUAGAGAAAUAUGAUGAUCGCCUGCGCAA